GUGUUUCAAUCACGUUUGGCCCCAAAAGAUCUUUAUGUUUCUUCACUCUUGAUCCUAAAGUCUUCAGUUUUAAAAACAUCAUCACCAGGAAAAGGUCCCCCGAGAAAGAUUCUGAACCAGUAGAAGGAAAAGAGGAGAGAGAACUAAAAUCUGUUGAAGUUCCUGAUGAGGAAGAAAGCAAAAAGAUAAAAGCAGUGGACAAAGGAAUACAGGCAGAGCCUGAGUCUAUACCAGAAUGCAAGGAGGAUUGUGAAUGUUGUUUGGAAGAUAAGUCUGAGUCUGCUGAUGAAGAAGAUGAGUCCCUGGAUGAAUAUGAGUCCUAUGAUAGAUGGAACAGCCCCUGCAGGGGAUAUGAAGCUGGGAAGCAGGAGGAGCAGGAGGAGGAGCAGGAGGAGGAGCCUUAUGAAUAUCCUUCCUCAUCCCUAUAUGACUCUCAGUAUGGCUCUAGUCCCUCCACUGUUUAUGGCAUGACUUCUGCAAGUACAUCUCCCCAGUACUAUGUAAAGAAAUAUGGGUCACAUUAUACAUAUAUCGCCUCUCCUAUAUAUGAGCCCACGAAAGCUUAUGAACUGUAUGAUCCACAAUACGGAUGGUCCCCCGGCGAUGACUCACAAUAUGAAUAUGAAUUCUCUCCUCCACCUGAGUCACAAUAUAUAUAUGAAACUUCCUUGGGGCACAAGUCUCAAUAUAGCUACGAUGGCCAUUCUCCAUAUGAAUGGCACUAUGAAUAUGAGACUCCUCCAAUAUAUGAAAUGCAAGAUGAGGACAAAACCUCCCCAGAAUAUGAGUCACCCUAUGAAUGUGAUUGUUCUCCUACAUAUGACUGGCCCACACAGCAGAAUGAGUCAGAGAUCAAAGAUGCUUCAACUCCUGAAUAUGAGAUCCCCGCUAAUUGGAACAAACUGCAGAAGAAUUGCAGAUCCCCUCUAGGGAACACUGGCUUAGAAGACAAACCAGACCCUUCUUUUAGAAGUAACAAUAUUCCCCAAACACUGAAGGGAUUAUCAGAUGAAAGUAAACAUAGUGAAGGAAUGCCCAACUCAAGUAGAGGCACUCCUCCAAAUUCUCCCACAGGUUCUGAUGAGCAAGGCAAAAACCCACAGACCCAGCCACCAAAUGGAGUAAGCAAACUAUCAUCGGAUAAUACAGAUGGGAUCCUCAGUGGCGUGAGGAAAUUUUUGGAUGGAACAAGGAAGCUCUUAGGUAGAGGGAACCAUCUUCCAAAAGAUCAAUCACCAGAAGGAACCAAAUGGGCCAGCCAACUUCCAAGCAUAAACAGCUCGCCCCAGAGGGGGAUGAGGCCAUUGCAUGGCAGUGGAGGCUGUCUUCUGCAUGGGAACAACCUGUUUUUAGACAAUCUCAGCAAGCCAAGAAGGCAGAGGAGCCCAGGAAUGAGCCAAGGAAUCCCACCACUUCUCUCAAGAAGAGGCUAUUGUACACGAGCUGGAAUGACACCUCGUCUUCCAGAUAUUUCAAGCAGGUUCCCGGGCUCU